AAGCACACCUUUUUGCCCAUUGAACAAUAUUCACCUGCAAAAGAAGGAAAAAAAACACCUCAUUUGAGAGACUGGACACUGGGAAAACACAGGCUAGAAGGCUAGAACCCUGUUUCCCACUUCCCUAGUUCCCCAAGGAAAAACAAAAAAAGAGAAAAACUGGUCCUUUCUUCUUCUCUUUCUCUCUCUGCAAUAACUACAAGUUUCUGUUCUGCUGCUACAGCAACUUUUUUAUUCACUGAUAUCAGAAACACAGAAGAAACAGACUCCAUAUAUCUUUUUGUCUUUCUCAUGCAAAGAUAUCCUCUUUGCCAACUCUUCCUUCUUCUCUCUCUCUUUCUAUCUCUCCUUUUUGUCUCUCAUUCUCUCUAAAUCCACCAUGGAACAAGAAACUGAAGAAUCCAAUAGACACAAAAAAUGCAUCCCAAAAACCAGUUCAAGGGGAAGGAAUGGAACUACUAAUAAUCAUCAUGUUAACAACCACCAUCUUCUUCUUCAUCAUCAUUAUCAGCAGCAACAGUGGCAGUUUCAUCACUACCACCACCAUCAUCACCAGCUAGUUCAUCAAUCGAACAGGAAUGCUUUUGGAUACUAUAACCAGAAUCUGUACCAGAUUCAGACUUAUCCUCCUCUGCUUCCUUUGCCUCCCACAAUACCUCUAAACUUGGGCACUAAUCCACCUUUCCCACAAAACCAGAACUGCUUACCGAAAUCCCAACCCCAGAAACCGCCUUGUAGGAAGCAGAGGAAUCCUCCUCUUGCAGCUCCCUCUAAUUCCCAGGCCCAAGAUAUCUCUAUUGCACCAGCUAAAGUGACCCAAAGGCCAAAUGGUGUGCUUUCUGGGAAGAGAGAAGGAAGGCGAAUUACAGCAGCUACUCAACAGUCAGGAAUGGUGGCAAGAAGACCUGAUUCUGGUGGGGUGGAAGGGACGGUUAUAUCUCUCCUUGCCAACCAUUUCCAUGUCCAAUUUGAUCCUUCACAGAAAAUCUUCCAUUAUGACGUUGAAAUCUCUCCAAACCCAUCCAAAGAUGUUGCAAGAAUGAUUAAGCAACAACUUGUGCUGGAGAAUUCAGCUGAUCUCUCAGAUUCCCUUCCUGUUUAUGAUGGUAGAAGGAAUUUAUAUAGCCCUGUUGAAUUCCAAGCUGACAGGCUUGAAGUUUACAUUAGGCUUCCGCUUUCUAAUGGAAAGUCAUCAUCAUCAUCAGUUGGGGAAACAGUCAAUUCUCAUGAAAAGACACAGCAACUUAAUAAGCUUUUCAAAGUAAACAUCAAGCUUGUGUCCAAGUUUGAUGGAAAAGAACUGGGGAGCUUUCUGAAUAAAGAUAGGGAUGAUGGAACUCCCCUUCCUCAGGAAUAUCUUCAUGCUUUGGAAGUAGUCCUGAGGGAAAAUCCGAUGGAGAAAUGCCUGAACGUUGGACGAUCUUUUUACUCCAAUGCCAUGGGAGGAUCAAAGGAGAUUGGAGGAGGUGCUGUUGCAUUAAGGGGAUUUUUUCAAAGUCUAAAACCGACUCAACAAGGGCUAGCUCUUAAUGUGGAUUUUUCUGUGACAGCUUUUCAUGAGAGCAUUGGGGUGAUUCCCUACUUGCAAAAGCGCCUUAAUUUUCUUCAUGAUCUAUCUCAUAACGAAAGUAGAGGUUUGACUAGUGAAGAAAGGAAAGAAGUGGAGAAGACACUGAAAAACCUCAGGGUGUUUGUUCGACAUAGAGAAACUGUACAAAGAUAUAAAGUUUACAGCUUGACAGAAAAAGUAACCGAAGAUCUCUGGUUUCCUGAUAGAGAUGGGACGGAUCUCAAACUGGUGGAUUAUUACAAGGAACAUUACAAUUAUGACAUACAGUUCAAGAACUUGCCAUGCUUGCUGGUGAGCAGGAGGAAAAAAUGUUAUCUCCCUAUGGAGCUUUGUGUGAUUUGUGAAGGACAGAAGUUUCUCGGGAAGCUCUCUGAUGACCAAACUGCAAAAAUUCUUAACAUGGGGUGUCAAAGGCCUAAAGAACGAAAAGCGAUCAUCAAAGAAGUGAUGGCAGGACCAGUUGGGCCGAUCAGUGGCAAUCACGGGAAAGAGUUCAAGCUUGAAAUCUCGACAGAAAUGACAAAAUUAAAUGGAAGAAUACUUCAGCCUCCAAAGCUUAAACUUGGGGAUGGGGGUUAUGUGAGAAAUCUCAUCCCUUCUCGACACGAUAGGCAAUGGAAUUUGUUGGACAGCCAUGUCCUUGAAGGCACAAGAAUUGAUCGGUGGGCGCUUUUAUGUUUUGGUGGAAGCCCUGAACAAAAAUCUAACAUUACCAAGUUCAUUAAUCAGCUCUCUCAAAGGUGUGGGCAAUUGGGCAUCUUUUUCAACAGAAAUGCAGUCGUUGGUCCUCAAUUUGAAUCAAUGAAUUUGCUCAACAAUGUGAAGCUCUUGGAGUCUAAACUCAACAAAAUUCAAAAAACUGCAUCUAACAGUCUCCAGCUCCUCAUCUGCAUUAUGGAAAGAAAACACAAAGGAUAUGCCGACUUGAAACGAAUUGCUGAGACAGGUAUUGGGAUUGUAAGCCAGUGUUGUUUGUACACAAACCUUGCCAAACUUAAUUCCCAGUUUUUGGCAAACAUUGCUCUAAAGAUCAAUGCGAAAGUUGGUGGAUCCACUGUUGCAUUAUACAACUCUUUGCCUUCUCAGAUUCCACGAAUUCUGAGAUCUGAUGAGCCAGUGAUCUUUAUGGGUGCUGAUGUUACGCAUCCUCAUCCAUUAGAUGAUUACAGUCCCUCAGUGGCUGCUGUGGUUGGUAGUAUAAACUGGCCCGCAGCAAACAAGUAUGUUUCGAGAAUGAGGUCACAGAAACAUAGAGAAGAAAUCAUACAAGACCUUAGUGCGAUGGUGAGUGAAAUUUUGAAUGACUUCUUUGAAGAAGUAUCUAAACUCCCUGAAAGAAUCAUCUUUUUCAGAGAUGGUGUGAGUGAAACACAGUUCUACAAAGUGCUAGAGGAGGAGCUGCAAGCGAUUCGCGUCGCCUGUUCUACAUUUCCAGGUUAUAAACCUCCAGUAACUUUCGUGGUCGUUCAGAAAAGGCAUCACACAAGGUUGUUUCCUGAUGGAAGUGAUCCCUCAUCUCAAAGACAUUUCCAUGAUGCUAAUGUACCUCCCGGAACAGUUGUGGACACUGUCAUCACUCAUCCGAGAGAAUUUGAUUUCUACCUGUGUAGCCACUGGGGAGUAAAGGGUACAAGCCGCCCGAUUCACUAUCACGUAUUGUGGGAUGAUAACCAUUUUACAUCUGAUGAGUUGCAAAAGCUGGUUUACAAUCUUUGCUACACAUUUGUGAGGUGCACAAAGCCUAUAUCUAUGGUGCCUCCAGCUUAUUAUGCUCAUCUUGCAGCAUACAGAGGCAGACUCUAUCUUGAGCGCUCAGAUUCAACCUCAUGUAGCAGAGGCGUUUCUACCAUUUCCCGAGCCACUCCACUAGCGGCUACUCCUCUUCCUAGUCUCCCUGAACACAUCAAGAAGCUCAUGUUUUACUGCUAGAAGAUGACCUUAAUAAUCAAUCUUUCUUUGUAAAUACCAUUUAGCUCAUAAUUUUCAUUUCAAUGGCCUCAGAUUGUUAGCAUUUAGUGGAUCAUUCAUCGGUUACUGCAACAUUUCACCCACCGUUGUAUAUUGUAGUUUUUAAAUAAGAGAAAGUGACAAACAUUGACAUAAACAUGGCCUGAAGAUUUAUUGCAGCUUCCAUUGUCUCUGUGCAGAAUUGCUGAUACGGG